GACUCGGAGGAGUUUUAAAGCGAGGCAGCUGUGAGGAGGCGCCGCAGACGGACGGAUCCCUUCAACAUGAAUCCUGCUCUGCUGCUGGUGGUGUUGGCGUCGGCGCUGCUCGCCACGGCGGCGGCUCAGUCCAACGACCAUCACGACAUGGCGUGGGUCAACGGCUACCGCCAGAGCUUCAACUUCCAGUGUCCCCACGGGGAGGUCCUCGUGGCUGCCAGGAGCUACUACAGCGAGGCGGACGGCAUGGACCGCUUGUGGACGUUCGAGUGCCAGCCGACCCCCGAGGGUCUGGGGGAGCCCAGCGACUGCUGGUGGGACGACAUCAACCGGGCCGGGUUGGAGUGGACUUCAACCUGCACCCGUAACGGCCUGGUGGCCGGCGUGCAGGCCAAGUACUUUGAGUCGGUUCUGGACCGGGAAUGGCAGUUCUACUGCUGCUACUACAAACGCCGCUGUCCCUACUCCUGCAUGAAGACCAACGACAUUCCUGAACAGUUCAGAGAAGAAGGCGAGCUGGUCGUCCCGUCUUACGGAUACUUCAUCCGCGGAGCUCAGACCACCUUCAGCGGAGUUCUCAGAGAUCGGCAGUGGAAGUACAUCCUGUGCAGAAUGACAGACUUUGACUGUGAAUUUGAAAAUUUAUAAAACUUGUAAACAACAGUUUUAUUUACUCUAACAUUUAAACCUAAUACUGACGUUAUAAUCACUGAUAUGAUUCAUGUAUUGACGUGUGUUGAAUGUGAUGUAUGUCUGUAUAAUCACUGUGUUCCAGUCGUGCAUGCAGAGCUCAGUCUCAUAUUAAAGGUAAAUGUUAAAGUAAACAUCGGGGGGGUCUGCAGGGGAUUUGGGCUCCACUAGAUUCUCUCCACUUUGGGAAAGCUUAAGUGUUUCCAUUUAGUCGCCGGAUGAACUGGAAGUCAUUUGGCAGUAUGAGAAAGUGCUUCUUUUUUCCAAAACAAGGUUGAUUAUUUGAUGGUUGUUUGAUGGUUAUUGGAUGGUGUGGUCGCGGCGGUGGGAAACACUGCAUCAGGCGCCGCUCCAACAUCUCUUAGCGGAGGUCACGUGACGGUUCUGGGUGGAUGAUUUUCACGGUCAUAAAAGCAUUCAGGGCGUGACGGAUCGGGAUAUUGUGUUGGCAGAAUGAGAAUCUGUGGUGAGAUGAGCUCUGCAUGAAGAGUUUCCCAACUGACUUCACAUCUCUCCUUCAUUAAAGUUACUCAGUAAACUGUUCUGGAACUUUAACUUUACUAAACUACCGCUGUUAAUCCAUUAAAAUAUUUAAUCACAAGUAA